GGCUUAGGCUGGAACCCGGAGAAGAAAACACUUCCACAGAAGGCAAGAAGCAGAAGCUAUCGGCGAGGCGGCUUUCUUUUUCCAGCCGCGGGGACCCUUUUCCCACCCCACCCUUCCAGGCUCUCCACCCCAUCCCGAGAGACAGGCUUGACUGCAAGGGAAACUUUGAGGACAGCCUCCUGCGGAAGCGGCACGCGUCCCCCCGGAAUCGCCACAGAUACCGCGGCUCAGAGGACAGAGCGGGGGCGCGCGCGCGCGCCUGUCUGGAUGAGGCGGCAGGAACCGUGAGCAGUCAAGCCUCGGCCACCCCCUCCGCCAGCCCGCUUUCCCUCCCACCCGCUCCGCAAGAUGAGUGCUACGCUCCCGAGCCUCCUGGCCUCGCUGGCCGUCUUGCUCCUGGGGAGGGUGGACCGCCUUGCCGACGCCUGCAGCUGCUCCCCGGUGCAUCCGCAACAGGCGUUUUGCAAUGCAGAUGUAGUGAUCAGAGCAAAGGCUGUCUCUGAAAAAGAGGUGGACUCUGGGAAUGACAUCUAUGGAAACCCCAUCAAACGCAUCCAAUAUGAGAUCAAACAGAUAAAGAUGUUUAAAGGCCCAGAACAGGACAUUGAAUUCAUCUUCACAGCUCCCUCCUCGGCGGUAUGUGGAGUGACACUGGAUGUUAGUGGCAAAAAGGAAUAUCUCAUUGCAGGGAAAUCGGAGGGUAAUGGCAGGAUGCACAUCACCCUUUGUGAUUUCAUCGUUCCUUGGGAUUCCCUCAGUGCCACCCAAAAGAAGAGUCUCAACCAGCGGUACCAGAUGGGCUGUGAAUGCAAGAUUUCCCGCUGCCCCUACAUCCCCUGCUUUGUCUCUGCUCAGGAUGAGUGUCUGUGGACUGACUGGGUGACGGAGAAGAACAUCAAUGGGCGGCAGGCAAAACACUAUGCCUGCAUCAAGCGGAGUGAUGGUUCCUGCGCGUGGUACCGUGGAGUGGCUCCCCCUAAACAGGAGUUCCUUGACAUUGAGGAUCCUUGAGUUCCUUUGGCACCAGCAGCAUGGCUUGCAAGGAAUUAGAUUGGUCCACAUUUGACAUCACUUCCUGGAAACAGCAUGAAAAU